AUGGAAAAGACAGAGUUGGGCGAGUGUAACAGCAACCAAGCGGCCCUGCCCUGUGCCAAUAACUGUGGAUUUUACGGCUCCCCCGCUAACCUCAACUUCUGCUCCAAAUGUUACCAAGAACAUCUCAAAUCCAACCCAUCCACCGCCGCGGCCAGUGCCAACGGCACAGCUAGUGGCGGUGUCACUGGCGCCAAUGGCUUAGCAGGUAUGGAGGAUCUCAAAGCCAAAGGCCCUGUAGAGCCUUUCAAGGAAAAUUUUACCACCUUAGGGCCAAAGCGCUUAGUCGCCAGCGUUGGUGAUAGUACUGAUUGUGAUAAAGUUACGCCAUUGACCGGCCCUUACGUAGUCGCCGAUACCGCUGACAAUGAUGACGGAAUAAAACAAAGGGAUACGACUAGAUGCUGGGAUUGUAAUGCUAGAGUUGGAUUGCUGGGCUUCAAGUGCCGAUGUGGCUUCACAUACUGCAAGAAACACAGACAGACAGAGGCUCACGGCUGCACCUUUGACUUUUUCACUUUUCACCAGGAACAACUCAAGAGGUCAAAUCAAAAGGUCGUUGCUGACAAGCUCGAAAGAAUCUAA